AUGGCCGACAAUGAAGCCUAUAUUGGGCAACGCCGCAGCUACGGGGGUGCACUAUGUACUGUACGAUAUCUUGGGCCUCUCCCCAAUACGAAAGGCGAAUGGCUGGGGAUCGAAUGGGAUGAUCCGAGCCGUGGGAAACACAACGGACAACACGAAGGUCAACAGAUUUUCCAAUGUCUGUCAUCGUCCGCGACAGCUGCCUCUUUUUUGAGGCCUUCCCGCAGUCCAGACCCGGAGCGAACGCUCCUUGAGGCGAUCAAAUUCAAAUAUGCGCCUGUCAACAAUCUAGGGCCAAAUGCCUCCGUCGCCCACCCAGCGGACGAAAUGAUCGAGAUAUCCGGAAAGGUCGUGGAAGAAGUCGGAUUCGAACGGAUUCAGAAGCAAUUAUCGGUCCUAGCCGACCUCAAGAUUGUCCUUGUCGACGAGUUAGUGGUUUCCGGUAUCGCUCGGCGUGGCGCUUCCACUCAGCAAGUGCACGAUGCACAGCUCGAACUCGAACGCACGUGCCCGAACAUUGUUGAACUAGACCUGGGUUGGAAUAUCAUCGAAACCUGGCAAGACGUUGUGAACAUGUGUGCUCCAUUUCGGAAAUUGAAGAUCAUGAAAGCGGGCGGACUGCGCUUGAGGGUCUUCGAAGCCGACUCUUUGCAGGAGCCUCAUCCUUUUCAGAAAGUCGAGGAGUUGUAUCUCAACGAGUGUCUUCUCACCCCCAGACAGGUUCUCGACAUCCUCUUUCCCAAAGGACAAUGUGGCUUUCCUUCGCUCAAGACUCUAUCCCUGUCCCUGAACGAGCUGGAUUGCUUUGCGAUAAACAGCGCAACGGAAGCGGCACAAUGUCCUGCUUUGACUACGUUAAUUCUCGACAAUAACCGAUUUGCGGACCUGUCCUCUUUACCCACCCUCUUGGCUUUGUUCCCCAACCUCAAGGCACUGUCGUUCCAGGGAAACAUCAUAUCUAACCUUGGUCUUGACGUUCCUGGCUCCUCCGGUUCAUCCAGCUUCUUGGCCCUCGAGACCCUGAAUCUGGCCAACAACAAGAUCCGCGACUACGCAUUCGUCAACCGUCUUCCAGGCCUAUUCCCCAACCUCACCUCGCUGCGCAUAUCGCGGAAUCCACUAUACGAACCGUCCAACUCUUCAGACGAGUCGCAUCAACGACAGGCUCAAAGCACGAUUUCGGACUCUACACCAUACUACUUGACCCUGGCGCGGAUCCCCAACCUAAAAUCCCUAAACUAUACGACAAUCACGCCACGAGACAGGGAAGAAGGCGAGAUCUACUACCUUUCGGUCGCGGAAAAGGAACUACGACCCCUCCUGCAAGGUCCAAACGUGGUCAAGCAGCCUCCAGACCGCCAAGUGCCUGAAACGCCAUCAUCAUCAUCAAGUCUUUCACCUCAAGAGACGAUCGAACUAGCCCGCAGAACCCACCCACUCUACUCCACGCUCUGCGAAAAGUACGACCGCGACGACAUCAUCGUCCGCUAUCUCCAGCAACAACAACAAAAAUCGUCGACGGAACCCUCUUCACACCUGUCCCAGCAGCAGCACAAGUCAGAACUUGACGCCUACGCUCCCGGUACUCUGGGCUCCCGCCUCGUAGAUGCCUAUUUCUACAUCCCUCCUCCCAGUACUCACGCAUUUACCUCAGCCUCCGCGUCGUGUCCGGAGCCAUUCCACCGCUUUCUCCCAACCACAAUAUCCGUGUACCUCCUGAAAUCCCUCUUGGCCCGGCACUUUGGCCUCCCGCCGCUCCGGUUCAGAUUGGUCUACGAGUCGCCUGAGUACGACCCCGCCGAGCCCAUCACCAGCACGAGAAAUCCAGCUGCGGGAACCACCGGCGACGGCGGGCAGAAUGCGUGGGAGGCGUGGGGGGAUUGGGAUGUGGACGAAGACGAGGACGAUGAUCAUGAUGAUCAUGGCAACGAGAGCAGCGCCAGCGCCAAGGCCAACGCCGGCAAUGGUGAUAGUGGCGGGCAAGAGCUAGAUCAAAGGAACUAUACAAGCCACAGGCCGUUCGAUGGAGAAGCCCAAUCUACUACCACCACGACAAUGGCGUCUUCCAACAUGCCCAUGUACAUCACGCACCAGGGCAACCGGUUCAAGAAGCGCGAGACCGAGAUCCUCGACGGGAUGCGGCCCUGGGGGGAUUUUCUGGACCUGGAUGAUAAUGGUCGCGAUGACCAUGGUCACGAUCACGGUCACGGUCAUGAUCUGCUGCGUCUGGGAGGAGCUGUAGCUGCCGCCGCCCACAGCAGGAGGAGAAGGGAGGUCAAGGUCCGUGUUGAACCUCAUGGUGCCGUAGGAUAG